GUUGCCAAUUCAGUUUGUUUAGCGCAUUAGCAGUACUCCGGACGCCGUAGCUUCCAGAGAAAAUAAGCCUGUUCUCAUAUCUCUUGCUUCUCUCUAAUCUCAUUCAUCUUUCACUCGAUUCUCCCCGUCUGAUCUGACAAGUUAAUACAAAGGAUAUUUGUUUUGAAGUCCAGUUCUUCAUUCAGCUUCCACAUCGGGAAUCUUUGCACCCAAUUUCUGAAAUGGCUGCAAAAUUUAUUGCAAAUUUGAUUGUGAUGGGCUCCUCAAUACUAGCAAGGGCUUUUGUUCAAGCAUAUCGUCAGGCAUUGGCAAAUGCCUCAAAAAGCGGCGUUGCUCAGGAGGCAGCCCAGAACAUUAUAAGAACAGGUAAGCUCAUGACUGAAACGGAAGCGAGACAAAUUCUUGGUGUCACCGAGAAUUCAACAUGGGAUGAAAUCUUGCAGAAGUACGACAACUUGUUCGAGCGAAAUGCGAAAAAUGGGAGCUUUUAUUUGCAGUCAAAGAUUCAGAGAGCAAAGGAGUGUUUGGAAGCAGUGCACCAAGCUAAAGAGCAGGGGACAAAGUGAAAGAAACAUUAAAAAAAAAAAGUGAAUAAUUGUAUAGUGUUUACUUUGUUGUUGCUAACAUGCUUUUAAGUUCUAGUCUGGAAAAAGUGUAUAUAUUUAUGGUGUAAAAUCUGAGUUUGUCAAUAAAAAAAAGUCAUUUUUUUAAUAAAAAAUAUUACGAGAAA